UUGCCGGUUGCCAUGGGGAGGCGGGGCGGUGUUCCCGGUUGCCAUGGGGAGCGGGGCGGGCGGAGCGGCCGCCGCUGCGCAGGGAGCAGCUGCUCCUGACACAUCCCCCCGCUGCCAUAUUGUGUCCGCGCCGCACGGCUUCAUGACCGCGACCAAUAAAGCUAAAUGGGUCCAGUCACUGGAAUGACUCCGGAUAAGAAAGCUGAAACACCCGGAGCAGAAAGAGCUGCAGGACUACGGCAGUGUCAUGGCAUGGGAAGCUUGCCUGAUGCAGGCGAUGCCGGCAGGCCAAAGGCCACCGUGGUGGACAGAGAUUCAGCAGACGACGAGCUCACAAACUUGAACUGGCUGCAUGAAAGUACUAACCUGCUAACAAACUUCAGCCUCGGGAGCGAGGGUCUUCCGAUCGUUAGUCCUUUAUAUGACAUUGAGGGUGACAGCGUGCCAUCCUUCUCACCGUCCUGCUACCAGAACCCUGAAAAGAAAUCCUCCACUUCCAAACCCCCCUACUCUUUCAGCCUUCUCAUUUACAUGGCGAUCGAGCAUUCUCCCAACAAGAGCUUGCCAGUCAAAGAGAUCUACAGCUGGAUCCUGGAGCGCUUCCCCUACUUCGCCACGGCACCCACCGGCUGGAAGAACUCGGUCCGACACAACCUCUCCUUGAACAAGUGUUUCCGAAAGGUGGAGAGAGGCCAUGGCAAGGUGAAUGGAAAAGGGUCAUUAUGGUGCGUUGACCCGGAAUAUAAACCUAAUCUUGUCCAAGCCCUGAAAAAGCAGCCUUUUCCCUCAGCGCUUGCAUUUUACACGCCGCCAGCAUCACCCCCAAGUAGGUCAGUGUCCCCUCACUACCUAACUUCAGUCCUUCAGCAGAAUCACGGCCGAUCUCUCAAAGAAUCUGAUAUUGAUGCUGCUACUGCAAUGAUGCUGUUAAAUACUUCCAUUCAACAAGGGAUGUUGGACUGUGAGAAGCCUCAGCCUCUGAAGACACCCAAGAAGAGGAGUUACGGCAGCGCGUUCAAUCCUCCCAGUUCCAUAAAUUUGCAGGGAAAUGAUUCUGCAGCCACCAAUAUCGAUCCGAAAGAGGAUCACAACUACAGUGCCAGCAGCAUGGGCUCCCAGCGCUGCGCAUCUAGGUCCAGCGUGUCUUCCUUGUCCUCCCUUGAUGAGGUGUAUGAAUUUAUCUCCGAGACCAGCCACGAUGGAAGUGAUGGCAGCGAAGGGUUUCACAGCGAAGUGGAUACAGACGUUGACUAUGAAGAUGAUCCUCUUGGAGACAGCGGCUAUGCAUCCCAACCUUGUGUAGAUACCUCUGAGGAAAGUCAGCCUAGCAACAAAGCACUCGAGGAGUUGUGUCAAGAAAUUGAUGAAGAGUUGAAAGAAGCAGCAGGGUCUCUGCUCCACCUUGCUGGCAUCCAAACAUGCUUGAGUUCCUUAAUAAGUACUGCAAAGACCCACUGUCACAAGCAAAGGAAGAAAUAGUAUGUUUGUCAGUGUUGAAUAUAUACAUAUAUUUUUUUUAAUUGUGGCAAUACUCUUCUACUUUUACCCUUCACAAGGGAGAUCAAAGCCAUAAGAGGACUCAUUGCUUUUUUAAUUUUGGCGCUAACUAUAAUUUAGCCAUUUAUUUUUAAAUCACUGCCUAAAAAGAAAAGUUAUUUAAUCUUCUCCAAGUAGAAGAGGUGCAUGACUUAUGAAAACCUGAAAGCAUACUUCUUAAGGAUCGCUUUUAGUUGGUUUUACUUUCUUUUCCCCAGAGAUACGUUUGUUCAGAUGCACAUUGUGGAUCAUAUUUACAGCUCCGUUGGCCUCAUCCACAGAGGGGAGUUUUGCCCUGUCUAAGGGCUCUGACUUCCACAUAAAGGAUUAAAAAGGAGGAGAAAAAAGAAAGGGGUUUAAAUUAAUAAGGGGUCCUGGCUUUGGUUGCCCAUCCUGUCUUCUCUCUUCUGAGACAGGUCCUGGUUGGAAGGCUGGUGAAGCGAAUCCAAAUGGCUGCAAUUUUCAGCCCAUCUGACACUGAGAGCACUCCAGGAGCUGCUCUCAGCAGGAGGCAAAGUACCCCCUGGAAGAGUGUGAGUAAGGGGUAGUGAGGUGGGUACCACCCACAGUUUUCUUCUUUGUCCUCCUUCCCCCAGAUCUGCUGUGUUCAGGUCAGAUUCCUGAAAGAAAACAGGUUGGGGUUUGUUUGGUUUUUCCAUCUUAAGACAAAUUGCCUUUUUGAGGGGGUUGCAUGUGUCCUUUUCAUGCAGAUGCAUGCACACCUAUGUGCACCUUGGAUGUAGCCAACAGUGAAAGCCAAGGUUGAUGUUGUCCUUGUGUUACCACCGCUGUUGGUAACUAUGUAGUAGCGGUGUAGUCCAGCAACACCUACCCUUCUGCUCCCCUAUAUAGAUUCAUGGGGUGGAGGGGAGAAGGACCCCACAGUUGGUGGUGACAAUGUGGACAAGGUGUGGGCUUUAGGUGGCUAAGAGGUGAACAGCUGCUUAAAAGGGCACAUUUUACCCCUUAACUGAGACAAAAUAGAACUUCCUUUUGGAUCAGUGAACCAUGAAUUACUUUUGGGGGUUUUUGCCCUUUCCUCCCUCCUCCAUUCUUGUUGUUUCUGUCACAUGGGCUGUCCAUACCUUUUGUUCCCUGAUCACUGUGCCUUGUGCUGUGUGAACCCCAUCAGCCUCCUGCCACGUACGGGCAUCUAAUAGGCAAGGUUUCAUCCUUUGGAUGUGCUUUGUCGCUCAGGAGGACCUCUCUGUUUUGGGAAGAAAUUCCUUCACAAUUCAUUUUUGCAAUAAGAGAAUCUCUUUAGAGUUCCCAGGCAUCCUUCAGCCAAAAAUGUUUUAGUUGUCUGGUGGACUUUGUUCCUCUUUUUCCAAUGUUUAGUUUUCUUUGAAGAUCAGUGGUGACUGCGUACAGCUUCCUGUAGAUGAGGACUUUCUUCUUUCAAUUUUCUGUUCAAAAUGGGGAAGCAGUUCUGUUGGAGUGGGUUUUAACAGUACUGUGCGUAUCAGGAUGCCUUAAGUACGUUGCAGAAUUGUAUACAGCUAUCGAGGUCAUCUUUCCUGUUCCUGAAAGAUAGCAUGAUGUGCCAUCAGUGUUCUUGCUAACAUGUGAAAGUACUGCUUGAGCAGGUGUUGGGUAAACUGACUGAAAAUUAGGAGCAGAGCCACCUAGGAAACCAGUGUUCCACUGUUUUGGUUGUUGAAAACGGUGCUGGAUUCAGCCAACAGCUACCCUUUCCCUAACAGGGUAUUUUUCUGGCUAUUUGGAGGCCUUUCUUAGACCAGUGUGGUUCUUUUGUGUGUUGGGUUUUGGGUUUUUUCGCCUUAUUUGUUAGUCUCUUCAUGAAUACUGCCAUAAACUGUGUACUUUAAACAUUAACACAGCCAUGCUGCUGAAGAUCUGUUGCUCUGAGGGCCUUCCAGGGCCUCUUGAAGACAACAGUGGUGCUCCUACUGACUCAGUGGCUGUUGGAUUAAGCCUGAAAUAUUUGAGGUUCUUUGUGUUUUGGAAUUUAAAGCCAAUGUUAUUUUUCCUUUUGAAAGCACAAACACUAGGAAAAAAGAAGUGUUGUUUUGGGUUGUUUUUUUUUUUCCCCAAAUACUUCAGUCUUAAGAAUGAUCUCUUGAAAGGGAAGAAAAAUACUCUGCUGCAUUCCUCUUUGUGUGAACACCCGUUAGCCUGCAGCUGUGACAGGGCAACAUGUGUGCAGAUGUGUAUGUCUUCUGGAUAUCACAAGUGGUGCAUUAGCCAAUUAGAUCUGAUACUGGAUGUGUUACUGAUGGAUAGUAGGAGGAAAACUCGCUAUUUAAAGGUAAACUAAGUCCCAGUGCAGUCGUUCUUAGGAUUUUGAGAUGUGAAGAUAACGAAUGCUUGCUGGAAUUGCUUUCUUUGCUCAUGGAUUGCUUUUGUACUUGGAUGGAAAACUGCAAAGGGCAGAGUUUGUGUCUAUGUGAAAAUAAGGGUCCAGCUAUACAGAAAUACUGUUAGCAGACUGGGAUUUUCCUUGGUGCCAUGAUUUCACUAGUAUGCUGUUGAAGGGGGGUGCUGCCUGGCUCCCACUGAAGGUGGUCACAGCUUUUCUGUAGGUUCCAGUGAAAGGUGGAUCAAGGUCCCAGGUACUCUGGAAGUGGUCACGGUCUGCUCUGUGGUUUGGUUCUGAAUUGCUUUUUUUGCCUCAGACAAAACUUGAGAAGGCUAAUACUAAGAGUGUGGCUGUGCUGGUGUUAACCCUGACGUUGGUGAUAAUAACUUCAGUGUUUCUGAAGGGAUGGGGUUGGGUGCUAACAAUGCAUUUAAUUACCAUAUGCAACGAGCAAUAAAACUGUACUGAUCUGAAGUUAGCAAUGAAAGCUGCCUCUGUCCUUACAGCUUUCAGCCUGGGAGAACUGGAAUUGUGGAAGGGGGGAAGCAGUCGCAAGCCCUUCCCUGGGGCACAGUGGUGCGGCAGGGCUGCACUCUUCAGGCUUUGCUAUCUUCCCUUUCUCCUCCUGAAGGAGAAGGGAGCCAGUAAGUGCCCCCGACCUUGUUCCACACCUCUGCCUGCACGUUUUGGCAGGCAAAGGCCACCUGCUUAGUUGUGGAGCAUCCCUCUUGGUAGUGGGAGAAUAGCUACCCUUCCUUUUGCUUCCAUACCUAGCAUUGGGUUUGGGUUUGUUUGCCACCUCAGUUACAGACCCUGGUGUAUAUAGUAUAAAUGGAGUAUAAUUUAAAGUUAUUUUGAUUGUUGGGUUUGGGUUUUUCUUUUUAGUGACAUAUGUAAAGUGUUCAUGCCAAUGGUUGACUCUGAUAUAUUUUGGCAAGCAAAGUAUUAACGAACCCCGUUCAAUUCUUUAAAUGCAGUGAAGAAGUGUAUGAGACUCACGUACAAGGGAGGCUGCUCUGUUGAGGAUGAAUCUGAUGUGAAUACAAUAUAAACCUGUAUCUGCCUUUCAGAUUCCCAUGCUAAAUUACUGCUUUUGCAAAAGUCACAUCAAACAUUUUGAAAUGCAACUGUAAAAUGGAAGUUGUACGGUUUGCAACUUUUCAUCAGCCUGAAAAGUAAGUACAAGCUCCGGUGAAAGCAAAGUACACUCAUCCACGUUAAUAAUGGUGUAGUCAAAAUAUUUAUUGAAAAGAAAAGGUAGAGUAUUUUAAAUGUUGCACCUGCCACUAUAUCUUAAAGCACAUUCUUCACACCUAACUGCCAGUGCCAUUAUCAAGUCUUGUUUUAUAAAUGUACAUUUCCUCAAACUAAAAAGUGCAUAAUUAUAAGGAUUAUGUUACUGCCAUAUAGUGAUACAAAACAUUUUAUAAUUGCCAAGUCAUUGUAACUAUUAUUUAUUUGAGAGUGAAUUGUAAGAAUGCUUUCUGAUCAAAAGAACCAGAGUUGUUUUUAAACUGUUCCUGUUAGCUUGUUUCUAAUGUAGCAUAAGCAAUGUCCUUGGGUUUGUUUAGAAUAAAUUUGCCAGUAUGUGACCAAUUCUAACCCUUUUUCCUCCGGUUUAGUCCUUUACCCGUUUUAAAGACAAUUUACAGAAGUUUAGUUUUUUGUAUGCUAAUCUCUGUUAAUUAAAAUGUUUAUAAAUUUUAUUUUUACCAAAGAGAUGCAAUUCAUUAUGACAAAAUAUUGCAGAAUAAACUUUGUUUUAUAACAUUUGUGACUUUUUCUGCCCACAUUUUUCAUUCUGAUGAUCAAAGGGGCUUUUCUAAAAUAAACAGCAUUGCAAACAGAAA